AUGGGUUUGACUAAAAACCACGGGGAGCAUCUGGAACUUCAUUGCCUGCCUAGUCAUGCUCAUCGUGCCCCUGCAGCUGAGAUAAUCUCUGCAACCAUGGCUACUCCUUUCUUCUCUAUUUUGCUCUUAUCUUUGCUUGCUCUACCAACCAUGGAUGCUGGUGAGGCCGCACCUCGGGGUGACGUCCUAGCACUGAAAUCCUCCCUCGCCGUCGAGGAGUAUGAGACCAGCAUCCUGCGAUCACAGGACGGUACGUUCUCUUGCGGCUUGCACAGCAUAUACACUGGUGCCUUCACCUUCUCCAUAUGGUACUCUGACUCACUCAACAAAACUGUCGUCUGGAGUGCAAAUCGUGGCCGCCCUGUGAGCUCCAGGAGAUCAGCUGUCACCCUGCGCAAGGAUGGUGUCAUGGUCCUCACCGACUACGACGCUGUGGUUGUGUGGCAAACUGAGGACAGCCUCCCAAAUGUCCAGUACGCUCAGCUUCUUGACACUGGAAACCUCGUCCUGAAGAACACGAGCGGCGCCAUUCUUUGGCAGAGCUUCGAUUCACCGACGGACACCUUCCUCCCCGCCCAGCGGAUUACUGCCACGGCAAAGAUAGUCUCCUCCACCCAGCUGCAUGUUCCUGGUCACUACACUUUCCGUUUUAGUGACCAGUCCAUCUUGUCUCUGAUGUAUGAUGACACUACUGUUUCUGAUUUAUACUGGCCCGAUCCUGAUUAUCAGUACUACGAGAAUAACAGGAACCUCUAUAAUAGUACUAGGAUGGGGAGCCUUGAUGAUUCUGGGGAAAUUUUCGCUAGUGAUUUCGCUCGGCACCGGCCUCUUGCUGCUUCUGAUAAAGGUUAUGGGAUUAAGAGAAGACUUACCCUGGAUUUUGAUGGUAAUCUGAGGUUGUACAGCUUGAGCAAUGGAUCAGAUUCAAAUAGGGAGUGGACAGUUUCAUGGCUGGCUGUGCCUCAACCGUGCAUGAUUCAUGGCCUCUGUGGUCCAUAUGGGAUCUGCCACUACUCCCCUGCACCAACAUGUUCUUGUCCACCUGGUUAUGCAAUGAGGAAUCCUGGUAACUGGACACGGGGUUGCAAGCCUAUAGUAGAUACCACCGGAUGCCGGGAAGGUGAACACAAAUUCUUGAGGCUUCCAAACACUGAUUUUUGGGGAUCUGAUCAGCAGCGAAUCAACCGAGUAUCUUGGCAGGAUUGUAGGAAGGUAUGCUUGAGUGAUUGUACCUGCAAGGGUUUUCAAUACCAAGAAGGAAAUGGUACAUGCUAUCCAAAGAAUUUUCUAUUCAAUGGAAGGACUUUCCCAACACCCACUGUGCGCACAAUGUACAUCAAACUCCCGGCAAGUUUCAAUGUUACAAAUACCCUUAUUCCACAGUCCAAUGUGCUCACCAAGGAAAGACAUCAUCUUCAAUGUGAUCACGUGAGCAAAAAAACCAUAGAGCCAGUGCCAGACGUCGUGCGUGAAGAUUCCAGGGUUGAACCAAAAUGGUUCUACUUCUAUGGGUUCAUUGCUGCAUUUUUUGUCAUUGAGGUUUUCUUCUUCACAUUUGCAUGGUUCUUCGUUCUAAGGAGGGAGUUCAGGUCGUCGCAACAAUUGGCAGCCGAGGAAGGCUACAGGGUGAUGACUAGUCAUUUCCGGAUGUACAGUUACAGAGAGCUGGCCAAUGCAACUGAAAAGUUCAAACAUGAGCUUGGAUGGGGAGGUUCAGGCAUUUCUUACAAGGGAACCUUGGACGAUGCACGAGAGGUGGUCGUAAAAAGGCUGGACAAUGUAACACGAAACAAGGCAGAGUUCCAGGAUGAGUUACAUGUUAUUGCAAGGAUUAACCAUAUGAAUCUGACAAGAAUAUGGGGGUUUUGCUCAGAGAGAUCCCAUAGGAUGUUGGUCUUGGAGUAUGUUGAAAACGGUUCAUUAGCUAACAUACUGUUCAGCAGCAAAAUGUUGCUGGAGUGGAAUAAGAGGUUUAACAUAGCAUUAGGUGUUGCAAAGGGGCUGGCAUAUCUUCACCAUGAGUGUCUAGAGUGGGUCAUCCACUGCAACCUGAAGCCGGAGAAUAUUUUGCUAGAUCAGGAUCUAGAACCUAAGAUCACCGACUUUGGGUUCGCAAAGCUGCUCAGCAGAUCAGGGUCGAAUCAGAAUGUGUCGCGGGCACGGGGAACCUUAGGUUACAUUGCUCCAGAGUGGGUCACUGGUUUACCGAUAACAGCAAAGGUUGAUGUGUACAGCUACGGAGUCGUCCUCCUUGAACUAGUAACAGGAACAAGAAUUCUCGACUUUGUUGUGGGUUUGGAGGAGGAUGUCCAUGUGGUGCUCAAGAAGUUUGUUAAGAUGCUUUCAUACAGGCUGGACGGGGAGGAACCAUUGUGGUUAGCAGAGUUUGUAGAUUUCAGACUGGUUGACAACUUCAGCUACGUUCAAGUGAAAGAACUGAUAAAGAUAGCCGUUUCAUGCCUGAAGGAGGAUAGGAAGAAAAGGCCAACAAUGGAAUCAAUAGUGGAGAGCCUCCUUUCAGUUGAAGAAGCUGAAAAUUAGUGAAGCAACGAUAUUCUAAAUGAAGUCUGUUUCAGUUUGAAGAUAGUACUGCGUUGAUUUGUAAGCAUCAUACUGCAUAUAGUUGUAUACUUGUGUAUAGGCAUCACAUGUUAUGCGGUAAUUGAGUGACGGAUGUACUAGUGGUUCCUGUGUACAUUCAGUCCUUUCUUUUGCAAAAUUAUACGAGAACAUAUUGUAAAUCUGACAACGGUAAAACAAAUCAGGCUUUUAUGUAUCAUGUCUGUGCUAGCCUGUGGUAUCAUCUGAUAA